CACGUUCGCCUGAGGACGCGAAUGCGGCAGCCCAGACCUCUCCCUCCUCCUCCUCCUCCUCCUGCUGCUGUGGACUAGUCUCUGCAAAUACAUAACGCUUAGUUGCAAGAACCCUACCGCCAGACUCCGGGGAAAUGAGCUUUCGAUUCCCCCUUCGGGAAUUAUGAACGCUAAUUGUUGGCUUCUUUCCCUUUCUCCUAAAUGACCAUUUUACUAUGGAAGAGUUUUCAUCGAAUUACUCACGGCAGAUUGUUGCCACAAGUGAGUUUGUCUUUCCAUAGCCAUACUCAUGGCUUUGAGGAGGAGAAAAUAAAGAAGAAGCUUCAGCAAUUUGCAGGUGGAUCUGUUGACCUUUCUAAAGAAGAUGAUGGGAUUGGGAUACUGACAUUGAACAAUCCAAGGUUUAUGAAUGCAUUUACAGGUGUGAUGAUGCUAGAGCUACAGGAGAGGGUUGCUGAAUUGGAAAACUGGACGGAUGGAAAAGGGCUAAUUGUCCGUGGUGCAGCAAACACUUUUUGUUCAGGGUCUGAUCUGAAUGCUGUCAGGGCGCUGUCCAGCCCACAGGAUGGGAUGGACAUGUGUAUGUUCAUGCAAAACACCUUAACCAGACUCAUGAGGUUACCUCUGAUUACAGUUGCAUUAGUGCAAGGGAAAGCUCUGGGAGGAGGAGCGGAGCUCACCACUGCAUGUGACUUCAGGUUAAUGACCCCGGAGAGCGAAAUUAGAUUUGUCCACAAGCAGAUGGGCUUAGUACCAGGCUGGGGAGGAGCUGCCAGGCUCGUACAAAUCCUUGGCAGCAGCCCUGCCCUCAAGUUGCUGAGUGGUGCUGUAAAAGUGGUUCCAGAGACCGCCCUUCGUAUUGGCCUGGUAGAAGCCGUGUUGUCCUCAUCUGAUGAACUUGAGUCACUGGAAGAAACACGUACAUGGCUCAGACCAUACACAAAGGGCCCUCCUGCAGUAAUUCAGGCUGUGAAGAAAGUGGUUUCUGCAGGACGAGAGCUGCAGUUAGAAGCUGCCUUGAUGACCGAAAAAGAGAUUUUUGGAACUGUUUGGGGUGGGCCUGCCAAUUUACAGGCUUUGGCUCAGAGAACAAAACAUAAAUAAAUGACACACAAAAGAAA